UGGCGGACGCUUCUUCACGUGCUAAGUAAUAUUCCAAGGUUAAAAUCCAUUAGAUUCUCCUCUUGAUAAUGAAGGCCAUGUUAGGCGUGGUAAAAUUAUUUCUCUGCUUAGUAUUUCCGGCAUUUGCACUCCAGCAGGAGGUCUUAAACCAAGACUGUCCUUUGUAUGCCGGAACGACCUUUUUCGUCAACACUUCUGGAGUAAACUCUCCUAAUUGUGGGGCUUCAUCGAAGCCCUGUUACAGCAUAUCCUACGCCGUUAAUCUAGCGGUUAGAAAGAACGUUAGCUCGCUAACUGUUAAUAUUUCCACGGGAAAAUAUGAAGAGUUGGAAAGUAUUAAACUGGACUGUGGAAGAUGGAGCUUACGGAAAGUUACUUUUUGGGGAGAGCGGGUUAAUGAACAAUUGGUCGAAGUUGACUAUUCAUUAGACGUGCUGCUCUGUGAAGUGAGCUUGAUCGAUCUUCACUGGCUAAAUAGCAGGCCAGUGAUUCACCAAGCCUCUAUGUCAGAUGUGGCGAUCUGCCAGUGCACUGUAAAAGGAACAAAUAUAAGCAUCACUGGUAGCUCAUCCAACAUUAUUCUUAAGUACAGCAACAUUUCAAGCAGUUCAGGUUACCAUCCAAAGUUACCAUUACUAUCGAUGGCAACUCUUUCAGGAUUUCACAACUUCGUGCAGAUUUUAAAUUGCAACUUUGUGAAGAAUGUUGGGCCCGUCCUCACUGUAGAAAACAUUUAUCAAACAUCUAUUGUUGACUCAUAUUUGGAAGGAAACAAAGUACUGGCAGGUGGUUCCAUUAUUACGGGACAUGUUUCACAUCUUAAACUCUCUGGAACAAAAUUUAUCAGAAAUGUUGGACAUUUGCUGUUUUUAGAUGAUAAUCAUUCCUUGGCCAGUUUAGAGGAAUGUGAUUUCAGCUGUAACAUGGUCAAUAAGAGUUUGUUUUUGUCACCUGUGCUGUUGAAAAACGUUCAUCAAGUGUCCUGUGAUGACUGCACUGUGGACGCAGACUGCCCAGUCCUCUGUGGACCAGGGGAGUUUCUGUCAAGUAACAUUCUUUGCAGUCCUUGUCCAGUAGGAACUUACAGCUUAGGAACUGUGUCAAACAAAAGCAUGCUACAAUGCACAAGCUGUCCAGCUGGAACAUACAGUUCAAAGACAAGAAGUAUGCAGUGCACACGUUGUGCAAAGGGUACCUUUGCAUCAAAGACAGGGUCGUCAUCGUGCACCAAGUGUAAGAACGAUUUUUUCACCUCAAAACCAGGUCAAUCUUCAUGUUCUUCAGCGAGAAUUGGUUUUAUCGUGUUCACAGUGUUCGUGUCUCUUCUAAUUGCCGGGCCCCUGCUGAUUCUGAUCUUGCAAAAGCGUUCACGAGAUGAGAAGUGUUCCUUGUGUAUUCCGCGCUCGCCGUCAAGGCAGAGAUUGCGCGAAGAUAAACAACCUAACAUCUAUGUUAUACAAAAUGAAUAAGACACCGGGGACAUUUAUAAGGUUUUACGUAUUACGCUCGUAAAAUCGUGAAGUAUGCUUCUUUUUUUCGCGUCACCGAGGAGAGCAAGUGCUACUAUCCUCAAAACUAUUACCUGCUAAAGUAAUCUUUUUUUUUCGUAAUUAUGUCGGAGCAAAAAGACACUUCUUUGCUUUCCGCCCUAUAGGAGACUUUCCCACCAAAAUUCUUCCGCGUAUUAAGAAAAGGGAAAUAAAAAUAAAGAGAUUUAACUAAUCAAUAACUUAAAAUACACGAAUGUACUAGCCUGUGCUCACUAUUACCGCUUCGGCACAAACCUUUCUUCGCCCUUGGGAAAUUAGGAGGCUUUAAGGAACGCGAGAUAGCAAUAGGUAACUUCUCCCCGACUCGUCUUAAACCUUCCCGCGGGACGAGAACGCCUCCUCGCAGGCUAUGAAUGUACUCGAUUUGCAAUCAGUAGGUUCUCCAUGAGUGAUAAACAAGUGACACCUGCACUCCACCCAACCGUGACGUGAUUAUCUAUCCCAUUAGAAAUUUAAUAAGCCAAAGUUGUAAAAGAACCCUCGGCAUCGAAAAGUUUUGAAGUUUCUUGAAGUUUUAUAGCCUAUUAGCAAUAGUAUCUUUACCAACAAUGCAGUCACGUUUUUUUUCGAAUUUCGAGACAACAAAUGCAUUUCGUAACGGCAAAUAAGUUUUUUGACACCUCGAAUAGUCUCAACUUAGCUAGUAAGUAUGUAGUGCACAGGGGCGAUUUAAGUAUUUAAAUAAUCGUAAUUUUUUGUCAUCAGUGUUUUGGUAUUUUUUUUUGUUUUGUUAUAAGAUAUUAAGCUAAAGCACAUUUUUGUAACGAUUUUCUUUCUUCAUUUUUUAUUUUGAGGAAAGAGAAAUAAACCAUAACAGUUUCGAAAAUUUCA